ACGAAAAUUCCUUCACGACAAACUAUAUUCAAGAGAUGGUUAGCAUGGACGGUAACCUAAACAAAGAUGUAGUAGAAAUAGAAUCUGGUCGCGCACAUGAACAACAACAAAACGAUAAUGAAGUUUUACAAUCUUUUGGUUAUAAACAAGAAAUGAGUAAAAGUAUUUCUACUAUAUCCAAUUUUGCCAUUGCUUUUGGUUGUUGCUCAAUCUUGUCGGGGUUGACACCGAUGUGGGGGGAUGCUAUGAUGAGUGGUGGAUCUGUUGCUGUUGUUUGGGGUUGGAUACUUGUCUCUAUAUUCACUAUGGGUGUAGGUUUCUCUUUAGCUGAAAUCUGUUCCGCUUAUCCGGUGACUGGUGGAUUAUAUAUUUGGACUUCACAAUUGGCUCCAACUCGAUGGGUUCCUUUGGCUUGUUUUGUUACUGGUUACUGCAAUUGGCUUGGAUUAACUGUCGCCAUCACAUCUACUGAUCUUAGUUUAGCUCAAUUCUUAGGAUCUGUCAUCACUAUGCAAUAUCCUGAUUAUAAUAUCACAAAAUAUUGGGAAUUCGGUAUUUUUUUGGUCAUUGUCUUUAUUCACGGUAUCAUCAACUCUGCAAGUGUUCGUUACAAUGGUUUUUUCAAUCAAACUUCUUUAUAUUGGCAUCUUAUUGGUACUUUAUUACUUGUCAUUGUUGCAUUGGUUUUAACUCCUAAUAAACCAAGUGCUGCUUGGGUGUUUACUUAUUUUGAAAAUGAUACUGGAUUCUCCAACAGUGGAUAUGCUUUCUUGAUUGGUCUUUUACAAUGUCAAUAUACUCUUUCUGGCUACGAUAGUGCUGCACAAAUGUCGGAUGAAACAGUGGAUGCUGCUCGCAAUGCACCAAAAGGAAUUCUCUAUGCAAUUGGUACUGCCGCUAUUGUCGGUCUUGUCUUUUUACUCUCUGUCAACUUUUGUGUACAAGAUUUCCAAGCUCAAAUUGUUGAAACCACUCUUAGUCUUCCUAUGACUCAAGUGUUUAUGGAUGGUGUUGGUAACAAGUGGACUAUUGUGUUCUGUACUAUCAUCAUGGGUGCAAUGUUCUUUUCUGGUUCAGCUCUUACUCUUGGCAGUAGUCGUAUGGUGUAUGCAUUUGCUCGUGAUGGUGCUACUCCCUUCAGUCAAUAUCUCAGUAAAAUCAACUCUGUCACAAGAACACCUGUAUGGGCUGUGUGGGCCAAUAUUAUAUUCGCUGCAGUUGUCGGUAUUCUAUACAUCAUCAAUGAUACUGCCUACAGUGCUAUUGUGUCUGUCAACACCAUCGCUUCCUCUACAGCUUAUUUUAUUCCCAUCUUCCUUCGCUUGACGGUAUCUCGCAAAACAUUCCAACGUGGUCCUUUCCAUUUGGGUCCCUUCUCUGACAUGAUUGGUUGGUGUAGUUGUUUCUGGAUUCUCUUUACAUUCAUUCUUUUUGUCUGCCCAACUGAAUACCCUGUCACACCCACCAACAUGAAUUACGCCAGCGUUAUCUUUUGUUUUGUCAUCUUCGCCUCUGUCACCUACUAUUUUGUUUAUGCUAGAAAAUGGUUCAAAGGCCCAAGCAAGAGUAUGGAACCUGAUGAAUUCUUGGAUGAAGGUUUUGUUCCCAACAAACAUCAAGAGCAUGAAGAAAAAUAUGAAAUCUCUGAAGUGGAACGUCUUUGAAAUCCAUCCUUUUUUUUGAUAUAUACAGAUAUAUUUAGAUUUGAAUAUUUGUAUUAUGUAUUUGUAGCUUCUCUCUCUUUCUUUCAUUAUACCAUUCUUUUUUUUAUUAUCAUUCCUCCUUCUGUUUGUUAUAUUAUUAUUAUUAUUAUUAUUUUUCCCCUCUUCUUUUUAUGGUUUGAUUAAAGGCUAGUCCGUUAAUCUUGUUGUACUUUAUUUGAAAUAAAUAUAUUCAAUAGAACCUAU